UUUUAACUCUAAGAUAAAAAAGUUUACGUUUUUUCAAGUAAAACAAAAGCAACCUCCAGUGUACACAGAUACUAUUUUAACAGUCAUUGAAAGCAUAUGCUUGUGGACAUUACAUUGUGGAUAUUUUUCAGUCACCAGCAAGUUUGAUUACAAAAAAAAAAUAAGAAAAAUGUUGUUUAAAAGCAUGUUGGGCUUGAAAGUUUUAACGUUAUUUUUUUUGCAAGUUCCUCAAAGUUCAUUUGCCGUACCAUUCUCAAUAUUGUCAUUGUUUGGCCCUGGUAAAGUAGAUUUAAUUACAGAUGCAUUUUUCAACUCAUUGCAUACUUUUAUGUUUCCAAAAUCAGUUAUCUUUAAUAACAUUGGUCAUCCGAUGAAGCUGAAAAUUAUUGGUAAUAACGAUGAUUCAAAAUGGUUAACCAUACCUUACGGUAGUAAAAUUGAGUUUGACGGGACCCGAAACUUUUUCAGUCAAAAGUUAGACAGAGAAUACCGUGUGCGCAUAGUGCUAGAAAUAUCAAGAGGUUCAACCCAACCGCCGUCCGUGGAUUGGUUAGAGUUUUCAGCCAUGUAUAAUAAUUAUUUUGCACCUUUUAAAUUUUUAAUAAAUAAUCAAGGAGCAUAUCAGUUGGGUGAAAAUGGACUUAAAGGAAUGUGGAAAAUUGCAUCUUGGAACGCUGAUAACGAUGUUCCAAAUAAAAACCCGGCUCUAAUUAAAUGGAAUGGCAAUUGGGCAUUUUCGUGUGAUUUUUAUGGUAAUGAUUUCGCAAAAAUUGAGAAUAUGCGUGGUGAAUUAUGUGGUGCAAAAUGCGCUAAUACAAACGGCUGCACGCACUUUACACAUAAUCCGGACGAAAAAGGAGGCACGUGCUUCAUGAAGAACCGAGUUUAUAUUUCAAAAGCAUUUGCUCAAUAUUUUCCAAAGCAGUAUGUCACUUGUGGCAUUGUUUAAUCUUUUAAAUCACUUAUGCUGUUGAUAACUGUUUAAGAAAACCAAAUUUAAAUUUUUUCAUUUUUUAAAAAGUUACUAUUUAGCUUGUAUUUUUUAGACCUUAAUUAUAAACAAAGAAAAGACUUUUGUCAUUUAUUAUUAAAA